AUGAAAGAGACAAGACAGGACGUUGUGUUUGGAGGAUGGUUCAAUGUGUAUACCACCACAAGCAACUAUAAUUAUAAUAGCAGCGAUAUGGAUCAAUCAUUAACAACACCAACAUCACCAUCAGCAUCACCAACAUCAUCAUCGUUACCAACAUCCCCACCAUCAGCCUCAUCAACACCACCAUCAUCAUUAUCAUCGCCUCAGCUGACAGCAAUAUCAUCGGCAUUGGUGGUACGCAAGAGCGACUCUUCAGUGCCAACGACAUCGAUCAAUCAAUUGAGCAAUGGUGGUGCCAUGCUACAACUCAGCUGCAGCAGUGGCUCGCUGUUGCUCUCCAGUACAAGUCGCUCAACCAUGAGCCAGAGCAGCAGUAGCAUCGACAGCAGCAUCUUUGACGACGGCGAGUUGGACAGCAUCAAGCAGUAUGGCAACAUGCAACAACAUCAACUCUCUCAGUUUGACUACGUGCCCACCAAUGUAGCCAUGGGUGACAACUCAUUCUCUGAUGGCCUCCACAACAACAGCAAUUCCAAUCCAUGUUGUCUGCAACUGUUUGAUCUGGCAUGUGAGAUCAUCAUUCACAUCUUUAGAUUCCUCUCACCGUUUGACCUGCGACACACCUCCAGUGUCUGUAGACAUUGGUCAGCACUAUGCUCACUCGAUACACUAUGGGAGGAGAAGUGCUUCUCGCAAUGGUCAUGGAUGACCAACAUCUGUGAGGAGAAGCUCAAGAAGAAUGCCAAUUCAUCUUGGAAGGACUUCUAUCGUCAUUGGGCAACAGAGUAUGUCAAGUGUGCAGGAUGGUACAACUAUUCAUUAUCGAGAGAUGAAGCGACUGCUACAUUACAGACGAUGGCAAAGGGUACAUUCCUGAUCCGCAAGAGUUCCAAAGCAAACAAUCUCGUCAUAUCAUACAAUGUGCAUAGCAAACGACCUCAACACCUUUUGUUAUACAACCUUGGACCAUUUGUUGGAGUAUUUCUCAAUGAUGAGAUGGGCAAGAUAUACCCGACCAUCUCUGCGUUGAUUAAAGAGAAGAAGAAGUUCUUGAAGCGACCUUAUAAUGACAUGUACAAUGUUUAUGAGAAGAAGGCACAAUGUAAACGAGAGUACCUUCUUCGCAUGAUUGAAUGUCCCAAGGAGCGUCAAGGUCGGACCCUAAACGAUAUGCUUCUACUUCACAUCGCUUCCAAGUGGUGCUUUAGAGACAUGAUUGAGACAUUGAUAUCACUUGGAGCCAAUGUAAAUCACAUGAACCCAAAGAAUGGCAAGACUCCUCUUCACUACUCCCUGUGCUUCAUUCACGGCGAACCCAACACCGAUAUGAGAUAUCAAGUUGUUUCAUAUUUGCUUUCGGAUAAGCAUCAGUCCGACUCGGUCAAGAUGGUGGAGCUAUUGCUCAAGCAUGGCGCAGACGUAACAAUAUGCCAGAACCGUGGUCUAUAUCCACUUCACAUUGCAUCAAAGGAGAACAAUCUGGCGAUGGUAAAGCUGUUGCUAAAGCACAAGAAAGUGGACGUUAACUGCACGAUUGCGGCUACACCAUUGUCAAAGCUUGAUGGCACGUGCGGUGACGCAUCGUUGCACAUUGCUGCACACAAUUGCAUGUAUCCCAUCGUCAAGGAACUGCUGGAAUGUAAGAAUAUUGACAUUGAUAGGGUGGACGACAAGAAACGAACUGCAUUACAUCGCUGUGUAUUACGAAACCAGGAUUGGUUGGGCAUGACAAGAUUUGGCAAGCCAUCACAGACAUACUUUUCACAUCAGAUCGUUGACUUGUUGUUUGAGAAGGGCUCCAAUCCAGCCCUGAUCGACUGUGAUAAUAACACAGCAUUGCAUUUGUCCAUCUUGAAGGGACACAGACAGAGCACGGUCAAUCUGAUGCACAAGGUCAAGACGAGAUGCGACCGCUUGGAGCCCUCGAUCUUUGGCGUCGACCGUCUGAUCCGGUGCAUCGAGAUUGGCCAGCAGAGUCCCGACAUUGCAAAGUCACGCGAUGAUCUCCGCUACUCCAUCAUUUGUGGCUUCAGGGAGAUCACGCUGGACGACCUUGACAAGACAAUAGCCAAUCACUACGAAGACAUCCGAUCACUCAUCAACAAAUAUUUCACUCCAUCAUAUUCUCCACCUCCUCCAUCACUGUCGAUCAGUGGCAGCUUCACCAUUCCAUCCUCAUCCUCAUCCAACAAGAACAACAACAACAACUCAAUCUCUGUAGCCGUAUAUGAUAACUUUAGAUGUACAAAUUAA